AUGUUUACUUCUUUUGAAAAAAAUAGAAAUAGUAAAUAAUUUUAUUGCAAUUUUUAAUAAAGUAUAUGUUACUUAAAGAGACAAUCAUUAAUCAUUGAAGUAUUUUAAUUGAUUUAAUUUAUUAGUAAGCUAAAAUUAUAGUCAAUCUAAACAAUGAAAAGUUAAUAAGAUUAGAUUUUAGUUUACUUUGUUGGCAAACUGUAAUGAUCAAAAUUAUACAUUAAUUUGAAGAUGGCUUGGGUAUAACUACUAAUUAAGAAGGAAAAUAUGUUGGAUUGUACAUUACUUUAAUUAAAGGGAAAGCUAAAAGUAAUUCAAGAAUUUGUAUUUUCCGUAGAUUAACCAUUAUAUUAUGGUUUAGGAUUCUUGGCAAAUGAUAAAGAAAUUUAUUAAAUAUUGGCAUUAUCUCAUUGUACUUUUACCAUUAUCAAAGAUUUAAAAAAAAAAAAAUAAUAAGUAUUCUAUAUUUUAUUAAAUCAAGAAAAUUACUAUAGUUUAUGUUAAUAUUAAGUAUUGGAAUCUUUAAGCAAAGUUAGUUCUGGUGUCGAUGCUAAUCCAUCAAUCAUCUCGAACUAAAUGAUAAAAAGUACAACCAGUUUUGGUGAACAAAUUAUAGGAUUCAAUCAAGUAUAGGAGGGAGAGAUAUGCAUUAAAAAGUUAAUUUAAUUGCAAACAUAACCACAAGGUGAAAUAUCGAAAGAAAUUAGUCAUUUCAAACAUGUUAUCAAAAGAUUGAUAAUUUGGAGAAUUGAAAUUAUUGUUGUAAUCCAGUUACAGGAAAUAAGCCGAGUGUUAUUCAGUAUGAUGUGA